CUGGGCCUGCGGGCGGGGCCGGAGGCCGCGUGGUAGCCGGGGCGGUUGGUAUCGCCCGGGCCCGAGUCGGGGCCUCCACGACUGCACAGGGCCAUGGCCGAGCCGGCUAGGUUACCUCUGACUUUUGAGGAUGUUGCCAUUUAUUUCUCGGAGCAAGAAUGGCAGAAGCUAGAGGCGUGGCAGAAGGAGCUUUACAAGCAUGUGAUGAGAACCACUUACGACAUUUUUGUUUCUCUAGAUGAUGGAAUUCCCAAACCAGAACUAAUAUCCUGGAUUGAACAGGGGAGAGAGCUCUUCAGGAAUUGGGGAGAAUCACAGAAAUCAGGAAACAUAAUUUGCUUUUCUGCUGAUUUGCAUUUUGAUCCAGUUAUUGAGAGACAGCCCUUCUGGGUUUCAGGAAGCCAGCAAGCUGUGAAUUCAGGAGAAACUCAAUGCCAUUUCCAGGUGGAUCCUCUUCAGAGCCACUGUUCCUCUGAACCAUUAUUAGGAAAAAGUGAAGAUAUUUCCUUCAGGCCUGACCAAGGCAUCACCCUCAUGAACCCACACAGACAUGACACACGCGCUCUAAUUCCAGUGGUUCACAGCGUCAGGGAACCGACCCAAAGAGGAAGAAUCCAGAGUCCCAAAACUCUGGGUCUCCCUGGCUCCCAGGAAGUUCCCUCCUGGGAGGCCCCCCAGCACCAUUGCCCUGUCUGUGGGAAAAGCUUUUGGAAGCAGAACCACUUGGAGAAGCACCAGACGAGCCACUCGAAGGACCAGCCACAUAGGGCCUGGAAGAAAUUUAACGGACAAGCUGAUCCACAGCCUCAGCGGAGCAGCCCUCAGGGACGGGGACGGAGGCGCUUCCGAUGUCAGGAAUGUGGGAGGAGCUUCCGCCUCAAGCGGUAUUUCCUUAGACAUCUGGCCACACAUGCAGGGAAGAGCGCCCCUCAGGGCCCUGAAUGUAAAGUGUGCUUCUGUCACAAGCGGACCCUUCUCAGUGACCACUUCCUGCACAAGGGGGAGACGGCUCCCCAGUGUCCCACGUGUGACAAGAGCUUUCUCCUGAAGAACAGCAUGCCAGCUCACCAGGGCCAGCCCAGCGGAGAGGGGCCUGUCUCCCGUAGAGUAGGUGACAAGGAGUCCAAGCUCACCAGUGUGCACUCAGGAGAGAAGCCAGACCUGCGCCCGGCGUGUGGGGAGCACUGCCUCCUGAAGGGGGAUGGAGAUGCUCUCCAGCACGGCCUGGCUGGGGAGGGACCACACUGUUGCACGGAGUGUGGCCAGCACUUCCCUACCAGGUCCAAGCUCGCCAGCCAUAUCAGGGUGCACACAGGAGAAAAGCCUUUCCAGUGCCUGCAGUGUGACAAGAGCUUCCAGGUGAGCAGCCUGCUGCAGGUGCACCUGCGUAUGCACCGUGGGGAGAGGCCCUUCUCCUGCAGCCAGUGUGGCAGAGGCUUCACCCACCACUGCAAGCUCCGUGACCACCUGCGAGUGCACAGUGGGGAGAGGCCCUUCCAGUGCCCCGAGUGUAACAGGAGCUUCCGCCUGAAGGGCAUGCUGAAGGUCCACCAGCACACCCACAGCCAGGAGAGGCCGUUCUCGUGUGGGGAGUGUGGCAAGGGCUUCACCAGGCAGUGCAGGCUCGCUGAGCACUUCCGCCUGCACAGCGGGGAGAAGCCCUUCCAGUGCUCCAGCUGCGACAGGAGUUUCCGCUUGAAGGAGCAGCUGCUCAGUCACCAGCGCCUGCACACGGGAAAGAGGCCCUUCCAGUGCCCGGAGUGUGACAAGAGCUAUUCCGUGAAGGCCGACAUGAAGGCGCACCAGCUGCUGCACAGCGGGGAGAUGCCCUUCUCCUGUAAGUGUGGCAAAGGCUUUACUAAGCAGUAUAAGCUCGUCGAACACAUCAGGAUACACACGGGGGAGAAGCCUUUUCAGUGUCCCAAAUGCGACAAGAGUUUCCGCUUGAAGGCACAGCUGCUCAGCCACCAAGGCCUGCACACAGGGGAGAGACCUUUCCGCUGCCCCGAGUGUGAUAAAAACUUCCGGGAAAAGGGACACAUGCUUAGGCACCAGCUCAUACACAGGCCUGACAGGCCCUUUACCUGUGGAGACUGUGGUAAGGGCUUCCUUUAUAGGUGUAAACUGGCCCAGCACCGCAGAGUGCACAAAAAAUCCGAUAAUGCUCCAGACAAGCCUGACGUUAAGAAAAGGCUUAGUCAGCUGUUGGCAAUGAUCGAGGCCGACUGGAGUUGAGGCCUGGGAAUCCACAGCUGUAGCCAAACCCACUUGGAGACAGAUUUUAGGAACAGGGGCCCUUUUUUGAGCAAGAAUGUUAUACAGGUUAGGAAUAUGAGGAACCACAAAGGACUUUCUCAUUUAAAACAUCACCAGUUAUAUUUCCUAUCCAUUGAUAAAAAGAUAUAUUUGUUCUUC